UCUCCGACACUCAUGGCCCCUCCCAAUCUCUCUCCUUCUCUCUCUCUCAUUACACAGCAGAAGUAGCUGGAAAGCAAUGUCCCUUCUUCUUUCCUCUAUCUAACACCUAAAAUCAUCUUCUGCUCUUACAUCUCGCGACGGAAGAAUUCAGCAACGGUUAAUUGGCGUCGGCACUGUUGUAAAUUCUUCAAUUUCUCGGAGGAGGAGAUUAGGUUUUGGGAGAUUGUUGGUUGCUAUUUCUAUCGAAACCCUAGCAAUUCGAGGCUGGAUCUGGGAUUAUGCUGGCGAGGCAAUGGAGGCUUCUUCUUUAGCUGCUUUGGAGCGGCCUCGAGGUGCUGCUGCUGCUGCUUCUAAUACGGUUUAUAAGAGUGGUCCACUUUUCAUAUCUUCGAAAGGAUUGGGUUGGACGUCUUGGAAGAAACGCUGGUUCAUACUCACACGUUCUUCUUUGGUCUUCUUCAAAAAUGACCCUGGUACGCUACCACAAAAGGGUGGUGAAGUUAACAUAACUCUGGGUGGUAUCGACUUAAAUAACUCUGGAAGUGUUGUGGUGCGAGAGGAUAAGAAGUUGUUGACCGUAUUGUUUCCUGAUGGGCGUGAUGGAAGAGCUUUCACUCUUAAGGCUGAGACAUAUGACGAUUUGUGCGAGUGGAAAACUUCCCUUGAGCAGGCUCUUGCGCAUGCCCCUAAUGCAACACUCAGCAUGGGUCAUAAUGGAAUAUUCCGUCCUGAAACUAACGUGGCCAGCGAAGGGCGGGAUAAGCGUCCAUUAAAAUCAUUGGUAGUUGGAAGACCAAUCUUACUUGCUCUUGAAGAUAUUGAUGGACGCCCAUCGUUCCUCGAGAAAGCUCUUCAGUUUAUUGAGAACUAUGGAACCAAAAUUGAAGGAAUAUUAAGACAGUCUGCUGAUGUGGAGGAGGUGGAACGUAGAGUUCAAGAAUAUGAACAAGGCAAAACUGAGUUCAGUUUCGAUGAAGAUCCACAUGUUAUUGGAGACUGCAUAAAGCAUGUGUUGAGGGAGUUGCCUUCUUCUCCGGUUUCAGCAUCUUGUUGCACUGCCCUGCUGGAAGCUUACAGAAUCGAGUCUAAGGAGGCUCGCAUUAGUUCAUUGCGCUCUGCUAUGGCGGAAACGUUUCCUGAACCUAAUAGACGUCUACUACAACGGAUUUUGAAAAUGAUGCAUACCAUCUCAUCUCAUUCCCACGAAAACCGAAUGAGCCCAUCUGCCGUGGCUGCUUGCAUGGCUCCCCUCCUCUUACGUCCUCUACUCGCUGGUGAAUGUGAUCUAGAGGACGAAUUUGAUGAUAGUGGUGAAGACAACUCUGCUCAGCUUCUUGCUGCUGCUAAUGCUGCCAAUAACGCUCAAGCCAUCAUUACCACUCUCCUGGAGGAUUACGGAAGUAUUUUCGAUGAAGAAAAUAUUCAAAGAUGUUCCAUUUCAACCGAGUCACAUAUUGGAAACAGUGGGCCUGAUGAUUCUAGUGAUGAUGAUAACAAUCUGAAAAAUGAAUACCGUAAUGAAGAGAAGGAAGUAGAACCAGUGACAGAUGAUGAUGAUGAUGAUAAUGAGCGUGCGUUGAGUGGGAAAAUGAGUGAGAGCAGCGCAGGCACAUGCAGCGAUCUCUAUGAAUACAAGGGAUUCGUUGCUGAUGACUCUGAUAUUGAAUCACCGAGAGAGACAAAUGGUCCAAUACGUAAUUCAAACGUACGAAUAGAUCAUCUUGUGAGAAAUCCUUUUGUCAACUCCACGGAUCAACAAGCUGGAGAGCAGCUACGUGAUGAUCCAACAAACUCACGUCUUGUAAAUGUUACCGAGUCUUAUCAAACCGGGAAGGUCCUUAAUGAACUCACUCAUGGAAGUACUUUUGCUUCUCCUGGUCUUGAAUCAUCAAGUGAGAAAUCCGUGAAUAAGAGCACUCCCUCGUCUGUUCAUACAAAGCGCUCAACAUUCUGGGGUCGAGGCAGUGCCAGAAAGCUAUCCACAGAUGGAUCUUUUGAUUCUUCAGGAGAAGACGAGCUUGCUAUACAGAGACUCGAGACUGCGAAAAAUGAACUGCGACAACGAAUUGCAAAGGAGGCCAGAGGUAAUGCAAUAUUACAGGCUAGCUUAGAGAGAAGGAAGCAAGCACUGCAUGAACGUCGUUUUUCGCUUGAACAAGAUGUAUCAAGAUUACAAGAGCAGUUGCAAGCCGAGAGAGAUCUCCGAGCAGCACUGGAGGUUGGUUUGAGCAUGUCUUCUGGACAUUUCAGCUCACAUGGUGUGGAUUCUAAAACGAGGGCUGAGCUUGAGGAAAUUGCUCUUGCGGAGGCUGAUGUUGCCAGGCUGAAGCAGAAAGUCGCAGAGCUUCACCAGCAGCUUAACCAGCAACGUCAGACUAACUUAGGUUCUUUCUCAGACGCGCGCGAUAAUCAUCAUUAUCUCCAGAAUCACAAUCUUCAAAACAGAAGGUUUCUACAGCAAGAUUUUGAUUCCACUCUUGCCUUCGUAAAUCAUGAAAGAAAACAAAGACACGAGGAGAGUGUGCUGGGAGCGGAUUGGAGAAAUAGUAAAGGAGCCGGAUCUUUUGGUGUUGGUAAUAGCAGGCAACCAUCUCGUAAGCAAACACCAGAAUCAAAAAGCAGCGAAGACUCCGGAAAGAUGUCUAUAGACAAUUUCUCAGGCAUAGAUUCUCCCUCAGUGCCGUCGACUUCAAGAGCAUUAGAUAUAACAGAGUACCCAAGGGUUAAUCAUCCGUCUGCGGCUGCAUCAGCAGCUUUGGUAGAGUUAACAACUCGACUUGAUUUCUUCAAGGAGAGACGUUCGCAGCUAAUGGAGCAGCUGCAGAGCCUGGAUCUCAACUACGGCACGUCUUCUUCUUCUCAAGAUUUCAUACACCGGCCAUCUUCUCCACCAUGGAACUAACAACAUGGGAAAGAGUAAAGAAAAGUCUGAGUUUGCUCUGUAUAUGCUUUUGGUGAUGGAAUAAUGUUUGUUCUGCUCAUUUUCUACUGCGAAGACGACAAUGACCUCAUUCUUUGUGCAACUAUCUUGUGUGUAUAUAAAAACUCUUCCUUCUUUUUUUUUGUAUAAUACAACAUAUUCUUAUGUGAGAUUGGUUUUGUUCAUAAGUGUUAACAUACA